GUUCCCAAGAGCACAGUGGAGCAUGCUCUGCAGAGACAUGAAAAUGGCUGUCUACAGAUGGUCACCAUCCAACCCGGCAGAGUUUGAGAGGAUCUGCAGAAAAUCCCUAAAUCCAGAGAUUUUUGAUUGACUGCUGCUGGUCACGGUGACAUCUGGCACAAUGGCUCUCAUCUCUAUUGAGGAUCUUGAUGGCUUGAGUGAUGAGCAGGUGGAUGAUGACAUCACCGACAGCACUGAGCCAAUGGAUGAAGAGGAGCAGGACAGAAUUUUUGCCCAUUGGCAGGUGGUCGGACGGACACAUCACGUGUCUGUCCCAAGAGAGAUGAGUGGACCAAUUCAGGAGAUGACGAGAAGGAACACCGAACGAGAACAAGUGCCCUCCGUCACGGUCUCCAAACAUGAGAAGCUCGGUGAGGUGUUGUAUGAGGAGCGAAUGUAUCCUCCAGGAAAAUGGGCAUGUAUCAGUAAAUGCGAGGAGCUGUAUGAGCAAAGCAUCUCUAAUAGCUUCAUGAAACUCAUGCGCUUCAUCUGCAAAGAGAAUUCAACAGGACGGUACUUGGGCAUGUCUGUGCCCAUUGUGAAUGAGAUUAAGAUCUCAGAGGAUGGCAGUAAAUUUAUGAAGGAUGUGGUGACAGCAUAUUAUCUGCCUGCUGAGUUCCAAACCAGUCCACCAGAACCCACCGAUCCAGAUAUCACCAUCAUCCACUGGGACACCAUCAGAGUCAUUGCCAGGGUUUUUUAUGGAACCACAACGGAGGAGACCAUUUCUCGCCAGAUUAGCAUCCUUUCAGAGCUUAUUGGGAACUCUGAGGAUGUUCACCACGACCGCUACAUGGUGGCCACUUAUGAGAACCCUAGCGUGCCCCAACGUCGAAAUGAGAUCUGGUUCAUUCGUCGCGGCCCGUAAGAACGUUUCAGAACACGCCUGUUUACGAGUUUGCUUAAUGCCUCCAAAUGAAGGGGAGGGGCCAGUCACAAUCAAACCCCACUUUAUCCUUUUUAUCGUUGUGUGUGUACUGUUAUGCAAAGCUUUUGUUUUGAUCAAUGAAUAGAGAAACUUCAUUUCGAAAUAGAAUAUAUAUAUAGAUUAUACCAUUUAAAUACACACUGUAUAUAGCCUUCUGUUGAUAUCAAAGUGAACAUGUGGACUGACAGGUUUUCAUAAGAAAUAUCAGUGAAUUAACUUCGGUCUGGAAAUGUUUUUAGCAAGGAUAGUAAAAAAAAAAGGAAGAUUUGCGCUAGUGGGGUUGAUGUUUUAUUCUUGAUUUAAAUGGGAUCUAUGUACACUACUUGAAUUGCCUGUUAUUUUCUUUCUUUUCUUUUUUUUUUUAGAUAAUGCCAUAUCUGGGUUUUCCAUAGUCUUCUAAUAUGGCAUUGUCAAAUUAUUCCAUGUACUAUUUGCACGAUUGAACUGUACAAAUCCCACAUUGUCCAUUAUAGCAUGAUAUUUGCAGUAUAUGUUGAUGAAAAUGGCUCGAAUUUAAGUGUGAAAACAGAUAUUUGUGCCAUUUCAACAAAAUCACAUUUUCUUUAUCAGAUUAUUGUAUUGUUUUUCUGUUAAAAUAUCUAAACGAACUUAAAACUAGAAAUAUUUGCUUGAGAAACAAAAUUGCCUUGUUUCCAGAGAUCUCGUUGAAUUACAUAAAUUUUUCUUAUGCAAUUGGAAAAUAGUUUUUAUUUAUGGGGGAAAUGCAUCCAAGGCUCUCAUGCCACUUUUCCACUGUACCUUACGGUUCGACUCACCUCAACUCGACUCGUUUUACUUUUCUGAGCUUCAUUUCCACUGCAGUUUAGUGCCCCUCAACGUGGGUGUGAUUAUAGGCUGAUCGUCAUAUUUGUGUCACCUCUACUGCCGUGAUAUCAUUUUAAACAUGACAUAAACUGACCAAAACAAUAACACGACCGCUAGCUGUUAGCUACUAGCUCAUUGUGCUGCAUAAAGCAGUUGUUGCAUGGUGAUGUUACACAGUUAAAUUGGCCUGGUUGUUUUAGAAGCUUUCCAGUAGCUGGUCAAGCAGAGUAUAGAGUUAACGUAACAAACCAUCCUCCAGUCCAGGGCACUCUCCCUCCCAUUGCUCGCUGGUUUAGAUAGCAUCCAUUUGGUCAAACCACUUCCACUUUUCCUUGAUGGUUCUGUAGACACUUAAGUUUAUUUAAAUUUUCCCUGCACUGUUGGUAGGUCCGGUGGUAGCCGUGUGUGGCCAACAGCUGAUACACUUCCUGAGAGACUUUUUUGUUUUGCUCGUCGCUAACGAGUUUACGCUCUGCACCUCGUUUAUUGACCAUGGUGUAGUUUUGCGCACAGCCAUUUAUUUUUUCACAAUUUGAAAGUCACGUGAACAAAUGAUACUGUUAUCACUGUUACUAAAACUUUAAAACUAGCAGUUUGAUGUUGCAUGUUGGAAAUCCAGUGAUGCUGGUAGUGACAAUUCUCCCUGACCAAUCAGUGGUUUGCAGGAUUUUUACAUCUCAUUUAGUAUCGUCUCGGCUCGCUUGGAACCUCGACCGAGGUUGUACAAAAAAAAAGUAUCAGGUACUAACCACAGUGGAAAACCCCCAAAAAGCGAGCAGAGUCAAGUUGUGCCGUGCAAUGGAAAAGCCCCAUUAGUCUCCAGUAAUAUAAUUGUUUAUGGCUUAAUUAUUUUAUUAGGCCAUAAACAUGAAAAAGCUGAUGCGUAUUGACAGACUAAGAUCUGGAUUUACACCUAAAAAAGAAAAAUCUAUUUGCAAAUGGGGUAAAUUAACUUAAUUCUAGACAUUCUCUGAAUACAAGGAUUUAAUAUCUUUCGCAGUUUUGUUUUGAGUACAUUUAUCUUACACAUUGUUAAAGUCAGAAAUACUGAGUACGAUAAUACUUUUAUUUUGCAUUGUAUGUUUUGCAGUUGGUAACAUGGACAAAUGUCUCCAUAUUUGAUAUAUAUUUUAAAGUUACUCAUUUAAAUUGUGAUUUGGAAGUCUUGUGAAAUAUAUUUUUGCUGUAUUUAAUAGGCCAUCAAGCCAUUUGUAACUCAUACUGUAUAGAUUUUUGUAGAUUCUCAAAUGCAGAAACUAAAAUGUUUUUAUCAUAUGGGCCAGUUAAGUUAUUAUUUUGGUAAAGUAUUAAAGUUUAAAGCAGUGUGGACAAUAUUAACGCAGCAUGGUUUCUCACGGGUAUGCUGUUGAUUUUGCAUUUACACGUUUAAUUGUAUUUAGACAUUUUCAAAUGAUUGGGACCACUUGAUUUUAUCUGGGAGAUGAAAAAGCCCUUGUUCCUGUCUUCAGUUGAUCAGGAUAAACUUCUCUUUGCAGUAAUAUUUUAUCUGAUUUAAUAACUACAAUAUUGGUCUAUUGGACGCAACUGCAUUAACAAUUAUCAAUGUAUUUUGUUGUUGUGUUUUACCUGAUAUUGUCUGAUAAGAUUGUGAAACAUCUGAGGAAAGUAUUUUUUUUAAACAGCAUAACUAUUGAAAGCAUUGAUAUUAAUAUAGUUUCACAUGUUUCUUCUGGUUUUUUGUCAAAUUAAAAGUUUAGAUUGUAAUUGUGUAUUCAUUUGCACGAGUACGUUGAUCAUUUUAAACGUACUCCCGCUUUCUAAAAUAACAGUACUGCUGUUAAUAAAAAAUAUGCUUUAUUUGAGAGCAAUCUGCAUAGAAGUAGAAUAGCUUGCUUUACAGAAAUAAAAAUAAAGGUUAAAGUUAA